CUCCAAGGGGAACACUGUGGAUCUUCGGGGACUCAUUAGGAGUGCGAUUUCAUUUUUCACUUUCAACUAAACCGCUGUGCAGGCGAAUAUUCGAGCAAUGCAGGCACAGUUAUAACUGGUUGUACCCAUUUCCUGGUGAGAACGAAGUGCUCUCAAAAUCAAAGUAUAAUAACCUUGAUUUUCAACCAACUAUAAUACUUGACUCAAUCAGAGAUGUUCUACGUGAUACGAGCAUGAAAACCCGAUACAGUUUAUUGGUUUUGAACCUAGGGCUACAUUACCCAGUAUCCUUGAAUUUCACGACAUAUCAAAAGUUGAUUGAUGACGUCAUACAAAUAUUGAACGUGCGUGAAAACGAACUGGGGAGUAAUGCGAGGGUUAUUUGGAAAACCACAACUUCGUUGCGAAAAGAGAAAACUAAACCACCAAGAAAUGCGACACAGUGGAGAUUUUUCACCGAACCACGUGUAAGGUUAUUCGACACCUACGCCAUGUGGGCAAUGUGUAGGGCUGGCAUUGAAGUUUUAGACGUGUUUCCAUUAACCGCCUCCUAUCCGAAUGGCACUAAAGACAUUGUUCACUACAGCAAUAAUGUGUUUAACGCAGCAGAAAUAGCUUUAGAGAAUUACGUUAAGGCUGGACCUGCAUUUAGAAGCACAAGAGUUUGUAUGAAGUAAAUAUCACGCUAAAUGUUUUUGACGCUGUUUGUUUGGCAGU